GUCAUGGGCUUGACAGGAGCAGGUAAAAGCUACUUCGUCAACAAACUUUCCGGAAAAAACCUGGAAGAAGGGCACACCUUGGCAUCAUGCACCGAGCGAUGUCAAAUCGUGGAGACCAGUGUCGGAAAUACUGACUUCGUGGUUAUGGACUGUCCAGGAUUUGACGAUACAACACGGAGCGAAACCGAGAUCCUCAAAGAGAUUGCCGAACAGCUUUCUGCAGUCCGCCUGCUCGGAUACAAUCUCAAAGGCAUCAUCUAUCUCCACCCCAUCACCGAUAAUCGCAUGCGAGGCUCCUCUUUUCGGAACCUCGAACUCUUCACGAAAUUGGUGGGAGAGGAUGCCCUGCCGAAUGUUGUGCUUGCAACGACCAUGUGGGGUCUCGUAACAGACAUGGAAAAAGCGAACAGUCGAGACAGUGAGCUACGUGAAGAAUACUGGGGCGGCAUGCGAAGGAAGGGAUCAACGACAACCAGAUUCGAUGGAUCGACAGCUUCCGCUCAGGGUAUCGUGUCACAGCUGCUCGGAAAGAAGUCAGUGGUGCUUAAGGUGCAGGAACAACUGGUCGACCAAAAGAUGUCGCUAAAUCAAACGGCAGCAGGCGAGUUCCUCGAACCAGAGGUUGCAAAUGACACAGAACAAUUCAAGAAACGUUUGAGGCAAUUGGAGUUAGAGCUACAA